CUUCCACGGUUCAAGCGAAGAUGUUUCUCAUGAGUGCCCCAUUGAUGCCGAGCGCCAACUCCACCAGCACCGAUGCUGGCACUCUCGCGCGGAAGAUGCACUCCUGGCACGUGAAGAACACCUUUGUGGAGGUGCGUGGCAUUGGUAGCGAGGCCUGCUCUGAUCGCAAGCCCAGCCGGGCCGCACGCAGCUGCCAGCCCAGGUUCCGGGCGAGCGGCACAUCGGCGCGGCCCGCGGACGCAGAGCGGUGCGCCGCGGGCGCCGCGGGCAGCAGCGCCCCCGCGGCUCCUGCGGCUGCCAGCGCUACCGCCGCGGGCGCGGCCCCCGUGGCCUCCACGGGGGCUGCCCAGCAAGGAGCACACGGGGCGGAGCUCGGCCAGGAGGCGACGGCGGUGCCAGGUGGUGCUUGCCAGACGCAGCAAGAGCGUGGGCGUGGCAAGGCCUCGAAGGGCGGCAGCCCGAAGCGCCGAGCCGACCAGACGCACCCGCAGUCGUCGACGAUCGCGGAGCAGCUGCAGCAGCUGCAGCAGCACGACCGCCGGUGCGUGUUCGUCGCCCGGCGGCUGCACACCCUGAGCUUCGCGUCGGAGAGGUUGCUGGCGUCGCACUUCUCGGCCUUCGGGCAAGUCGAGCGGGUGCUGAUCGCGCACUCGAACGUGACGCGAUCGCUCAAGCCCGUGGCGCGGGUGCGGCCUGGGAGCAUCGGCUUCAUUGUGAUGGCACAUGCCAGCGCCGUCACGCGCAUCCUGGAGUCGGGAAGCCAGCAGGUGGUUGCCGGGAAGAGCAUCGUCGUGGAGCCGUUCCACCCCAGGCCGUUGGAGGACGGCCGCGACAGCGGCAGCGACGAGCCGCUUCAGCGCGGCCCCGGGGUGCUCGCAAUCACCUCGGCCAGCAGCCCGGUGCCUCCGCGCUCGGCCUCGGCCACCGCCAGCUGA